AUGGUCUGGAAAAAUAUCAACGCUGUCGAAAACAGGCUUUUCCUGGGAAACAUUAUGGCUGCGCGUUCGACGCGUUCAUUGGCAGAGAACAGAAUUACUCAUAUUCUGUCGGUUUGCCCAGAUCCUAUACCUGCAGAGCUUCCGGAAGCGGGCAUCGUCCACCAACGCAUUAAUAUCGAAGACGUUGAUUACGCGGAUCUUUUGAUCCACUUACCGGCGGCAUGUCGCUUUAUUGAGCAAGCACUUGCCUCCGGAGGAGUUGUCCUAGUACAUUGUGUGCAAGGCAUUUCCAGAAGCGCUGCAGUUGUUGCAGCUUAUUUGAUGUACUCGCGCCGCAUCAACUCUACUCAGGCGCUCAAUAUUGUCAGAACUGCACGGGACCAUAUAUGGCCAAACCCCGGCUUCCAGGAGCAGUUGGUUUUGUUUGAACUCUGCCAGUACGCUCCAUCGCGAAGCAAUGGGAUCUAUGUCAAUUGGCGCACCCAACUAGAGCGCCGACUUCGCGCUGCAGGCUUGCCAUACUAA